UGACGCGGCAGACUCUCUGUCCUCUCGCCGCAGACUUCGCUCUGUCCCGGACACCAUCGCAGAUGGAGCCCGCUCGUGUCCUGGUGCUCCUCAGCGCCGCUCUGCUCCACUCCGCGCAGUGUGUUCCUGCAGGAAGAGGGCUUGGCCUGGACUAUGGGGGCGGAGUCAGGCGUGCUCGGAGAGAUGUACUGCCCUAUGAGGACCGCAUGGUGUCACUUUCUGUACCGGAGGAAGACUGGAGGGGGCGUGGCUUAGAGCAGGCUCUGCAGCGAUUGGUGGAGAGAGACCAGAGGCGGGAACAGCAGGAGGAGCAGCAGCAGAGAGCAGCAUACAUGUCGGCCGUGCUGCAGCUGCUGGCGGAUGCAGAGAGAGCGGGACUUGUGAAUCCAGAACUGCAGAUGGAGCUGGACCAGGACCAGGAGGAAGACCUGAACCCCUCGGAGAUCAAGACCAUCCCGGACUACGAUGACACCAGCCCAAGACUAACCAUGAGCCGGCCUCAAGCCCCCUGGUGGAGACUGGUGGAACCACAGCUGGCAGAGGCGCUGCUCCAAAGGUUGGAUCCUGACUUUUCUGAAGCUCUUUUGAACAAACUGCAGGAAACCCAGAGAUCAGGACCAAGAGAGAGCGAACAAGACACACUCAGGCGUCUGAUUGGUCAGAUCCUUUCGAGUCUGGGUCCGAGCGACUCUGUGAGGCCAUCAGGUCGCAGAAUGAGAAGGGAUUUAUCUGACUCCGCUCCCUCACCCGUAAGCCCUGCCCACAGGAGGAGCCGGCGUUCCGUGGAGGACACCCCCCCCAGUGAUGACCCCCCGCUGCUCCGGGUGAAACGAUUGGAGGAAGAGGGAUUUGAGCCCCGACCAUCUCAGGGUCUACAACGAAUCAAACGCAUUGACGUAGAGGAGGAUCAUGGGAGUCGUAGGAGGAAGAGGCGAGCCAUAGUCAACUACGACCCCCAGAUUCUACUGAGGCAGGCGCUGGAGCUGAUUAGGGAGUAGGAGACAAGGAGGUAGGAAGGAGAGAGAGUGUGUGGAGGGAAGUGAUGAGGUCAAAAGAAAAUAUCUACACGGUCAAUACAGAAUAUAAUAAUUACACUUAUCUGAAUAGUUUGAAGGAACUGUAUGUCGCCAGUGCUCUUACUGUUUUAAAAAUGUAUUACAAUCACCACUGAAACCUGGGUUGCCAGCACCUGCGGACAGAGAACCCAUACAAGUUUCAAAGAAGCUCAGAACCUCCAGUAUUCAGACGCUACACUAGCACUUGUCUCAGGUGCAAGGGUUUAGGUAGUGAGGAUUCACUUUUAGGUUAAAAUCAACUAGAUUUCAUAAUUGAAAACUGGCAACCCAAAUGAGAAACUCGUACGAAGCUCAUUCUACUUUCUGAUUGGUGCGGCUCUCAAAGUCCAAAUUAUAACAAUGUUUUUUAAUUAAGAAUAAAUCAGCAUCAGAAUUGUGAAGUGUCAGUAAAAGCUAUAUUUGAUUUGAAUGUUUACCUCAUAUCUGGAGACACAGAUGGGCCAGGUUUAUGAAAUUUAAAAUCUUACAUACAGUUCCUUGAUAAUGAAAAUACACUGAAAAGACUUUAAAAUAGAGAACGUAAGAAGUAAACAAUGAGGUAGGAGAUAAGGAGUGAACAAUCAAGGAGGGAGAAGGAUGGUCUAUGUUUCUUGUUAUAUGUUCUAUUUUGUUGCUGCUUUUGGUGAAACUGCAUAAAACCAGAGCUGGAGCUGAAGAGAGCAGUGUCAGACCAGUUUCAACCAACUGAUGACGUUUUCUUGUUUUCUCCCAGUUUUGAAUUGUCUAAGAACGUUUAAUUUUUAGACAAGUUAGUACAAUAAAACCAAUUAGGACAUCAACUAAUGAAAUUAAAACUUGAAAUUGAAAACAAUCAUGGGCAAGCUAGAAGCAUCUUCUAAGCACUGGACAAAAACAUAAUCAUUCAAGCUCCGGAUACAAAUUGUGAACUAGCCUUGUAACUGUAUGUAGAGAUUACUGUAUACGAAGGCAGGGCAUCAGGUUGAAUAUGAUCCAUAAGCUCUUGAGAGUCAGUGCAGUCGAUACAGUAUUAGCUAUAAACAGUAUGUUUGCAUAUAACAACAACAAUAAUAAUAAUAAUAAUAAUAAUAAUAAUAAUAAUAAUAAUAACAAAACAACCCAAAACAACUGAAACUAUGAUAAACCAAAGAUACAAGUAUUCUUAUGUAUUCUUCAGCAGCGCGUGGGAAGGGCUGAUUUCUGACCUGCUUCUCUCUCUUCCAUCUCUGAACCUAAAGCUUUACACAGUAAAAAGAGCCAGUUUCCUGUUUCCAGAUAAGACAGUGAGGGGCCCCUUUCUGUGCUGUGGUCAGUCGGUUCAUGUUGUGUUCAUGUGUCACUGUUUUUUCAUGUCUCAUUGAGAUUAACUAAAUGAUAAAUGUAAAUUCAUUUAUUUCAAUAAAGUCAGUACAACACCUCUAUCGGCUUUA